CACUUCAUUCAACUCUCAGAGGACCCAGACCUACAGCCUAUUCUCUUUGGCCUAUUCUUGUCCAUGUACAUCUUGGCCCUGUUUGGAAACCUGCUCAUCAUCCUGACAGUAAGCUCUGACUCCCAUCUCCACACACCCAUGUACUUCUUCCUCUUCAAUCUGUCCAUGGUUGAUAUUGGUUUCAUCUCCACCACUGUUCCAAGGGUGAUUGUGGACAUCCAGACUCACUGCCCAGUCAUCUCCUAUUUGGGCUGCCUGACACAGAUGUCACUGUUUGUAAUUUUUGCAUGUAUGGACAACAUGCUUCUGGCUGUGAUGGCAUAUGACAGGUUUGUGGCCAUCUGCCACCCUCUGUAUUACCAGGUCAUUAUGAAUCCCACUCGCUGUGGUGUCUUACUUCUAGGAUGUUUUCUCCUUAGCCUUUUGGAAUUACUGUUGCACUAUGUGGCAGUAUUAAAAUUUUCCAACUAUGAGGAAUAUGUUGAAAUUUCCAACUACUUCUGUGGCCCUUCUGAACUGCUUAAACUUGUCAAUUUUGAUACAUUCACCAAUAACAUAGUCAGAUUCUGUAUGGGCACUCUCUUUGGGUUGCUUCCCAUUUCAGGAAUCAUUUUCUCUUAUUUUAAAAUAGUUUCCAACAUUAUGCGAUCAUCAUCAUCAAGUGGGAAGCACAAAACCUUCUCUACCUGCGGGUCUCAUUUGUCCAUUGUUUUCCUGUUUUAUGGAACAGGAAUAGGAGUGUACUUUUCCUCCUCUCUGUCACAAUCUCCAAGAAGUAAUGCAGUGGCUUCAGUGAUGUAUACUGUGGUUACACCUAUGUUGAAUCCUUUCAUAUACAGCCUGAGGAACAAGGAUAUUAAAUCUUCCUUAAGGAAGAGUUUUAGCAGAGUAUUCUAA